AAGUACGAUAGCAUGACUGCAUGUGUUGAUGUGCAAUCAUGUCAGAUGUAUUAGGAUCAGGACCCUCUUCAGCUUUUGACGAAACUGACGAUAAAGCAAAUACAGCUGAUGAAGAAGAAGAGAGAAAAUUUUCAGCAGCACAGAAAGCAAGAGUUGAGCGAAAUCGUCAAAAGGCUUUACUCCUUAGGCAGUCCAGGCUAGCUAAAAAGCCUUACACUGCCAUAGACUCAAAACAGAAGGUGACACGCACCAUCGAUACUGGGGCAGGAUUCUUCCUGGAAGAAGAGGAGGAAGAAGAAGAAAAGGCAAAAAAGGCAGAGGUCAAACACCCACUAGGUCCUGUUUUGGAGUCUGAUGCACUGCUUUGUGAUGAUUGCGGAAAAGAAUUCAUGGACUCUUGGCUGUUGACAACCUACAAUGCUAAUGUGUGUGAUGUCUGCAAAGAUGACACAGAGAAACAUCCUCUGGUGACAAAAACAGAAGCCAAGGACAGAUACCUCCUAAAAGAUUCAGAUCUAGAAAUUCGAGAUCCACCCCUCAAAUUCAUCAUCCGCAAAAAUCCCAGGAACCCUCGCUGGGGAGACAUGAAGCUAUACUAUGAACCUCAGGUAUAUGACCGUGCUAUGGAGGUAUGGGGGUCAGAAGAGGGACUAGAGAAAGCACAUGAUGAGAGGUCCUCAAAAAGGGAAACAGCAAAACGAAAAAAGUUUGACAAGAAAGUCAAAGAAUUACGACUGGCUGUCAGAAGUAGUUUAGUUAAGGUGAACUCGGGACCACAUGAGCACAAGUAUGGCCCUGAGUCAUACGACGAGGAAUCCGAUAUGUACAGUGUCUCCUGUGAAUGUGGUCAUGUUAGAACGUAUGAGAAAAUGUGAGAUAAAAUGAACAUGUGGGACAUACUGACUGAAUGUGACAACACAAUGCAGUGUGGACUUUUACUUGAAUUAUUUAUUGAUUUGUGUAUUUGUUUUCAUCUCAGAUGUGAUCAAGGAAGAAGUAAUUGUUUUUGAGCUCAGGUGUACAGUUCUUUUCUGUGCAAUUGUCAACAGGAUACAUACUAAAAGACUUAUAAAUAAAUUAUGAUAAAUUGCUGUAGAAAUUGUCAUAGCUAGAGAAUUGAGCAUUAAAACUCUCUAAUUUUUGCUUGUGAUAUGUUACAAAUAUCACAGAAUCUCUUGCAAGGAUGAUUGUCAAAUAAGUUACAUAAAUGAAAUAGAAUUUUCAUAGUGUAUUAAUUCAGACUUAUAGGUAAAGUUAACAUAGAAUUUCGAUAUUAAGAAUUCUAUGACAUUGACUUGCAAUUAUAUCUGA